UCCUUCAAUACUCACGAGCUGCUGGAAAAAGGAAGCUGAAUUAAAGAUGAAAUUCAUCCUGCUUGUAGCCUGCAUCAUUGGGAUGGCUUUGUGUGCCCCUCCACAGAUGUACAUGGAGUUUGACAUCCACUAUGCUCCAGCUGAGGCGGCCCAGGCCAUCCCUGCUGGAGCUGUACCUGGAACCCUGGAUGUUCUGCUGCCAGUUGAUAACCAGAGACACCUUAUUGGAGGACCUGUCCGUGGCUUCAUUAAACAGGAGAUUCCCAAACCAAAUGGUGGAAACGAAGAUGUGUAUUAUCCCUUUGGGUUCAAUGUGCCAGAUCCUGCUGUAGUUGUUCCCGCUGCCCCAGCUGUUGCCAUUGUUCCUGCAGCUCCUGCAGCUCCAGCUGCUCCAGCUGCUCCAGCUGCUCCAGCUGCACCUGUUGUUGCUGCUGCCAAACCCAGCGAUGAUGAUGAGGAGGAGGACGACUGAAAAUAACCUGAGUUAGCAGCAUUUGCACUCAUGUGUACACAAACAGGUGACUGACGGUGUAUGACCAGCAGCAAGCUUUGAUGAAAGAUGACAAGUCUGCAAACCUUUUAUCUUGAUCCUAAAAAAUAAUUUGGUGCUAUACAUUUUUAAGGAAGAGUGAACUCUGAAUAUGGUGCUAAAGUUUUUUGAUAAUUAAAAGCAUAAAAGUGCUUUAUUCUUUGCAACAGAA